AUUGUUCUUCGUUUGAUCGUCCUGUUGUCUAGUAGUAAAACAAAAGAAUGGACAAAAAAACUGCGAAAAAGGGUACAGCAAAUUCGCGAAGCAAGGCGAUGACGACGACAAAACGGAGAAGCAAACCAAGUAACAAAGCUAGCAGUGCUCCAAGUUUGCGUAAGAAAUCGAGCAGUAAUCCAAACAAGGGUACAGCAAGAUCGGUUUCAAAAUCUGUUCCGAAAUCAUCAGCAAUUCCCGCAAGUCCAACAGUGCAAAAAGAAGUACCACCAGUGGAGAUUGAGAAGAAAAAAGAGGAGAAACCUGAAAACCAAAAGAAAGAAUUGGCUGAAAAGAAGUUGGAUCGGACUCAAGAUGAUGGGAAAGAAUACAAGGAAGCAGAAAGUGCUCUUGGAGUUGUGAUUAAAGAAGAUAAAGCACCUGCAAAAAUGGAUGAUGGAUAUGAAGAUUUUGGACCAGGAGUCAAUUAGUAUUCUUAUUCUUUCGAGAAAAUAAAGGGUUUCAUU